AUGUACUUCUGGUACGUAGCCAUCUUUUGGAUUUUUCUUUUCGACGCCAGCAUGUGGAUUAAGAUAAUUAGCAACAUAACGGAUUUGAACGAGAUAAUCAAAGUGUUUUACGUAUGCUCAAUGGCUAUUGCUGUAAUGGCCAAAUUCGUGCAUAUUCGUAUAAAAACCAGUUCAUUCUUGGCAUUAUUCGCACGGAUGCACGACGAUGACCUACUCCCGGUUAAUAAAUUUGAAAUGGAAACAUUCACACAAUCACUGCAACUAAGUUGCAAAGUUCGCAACUGCUACAUGUAUCUUUCACUGACAUCCCUAUCCUUGGUAUUUGUUAGGCAACUAGUAUCAGAUCCUGGCGAACUACCGCUAUCAAUUUACAUACCGAUGAAUGUCGAAAACAUUUGGUUCUUUAUAUUAGCAUACUUGUUUCAGUUUAUCGGAGCAUCGCUUUGUUGUUUUAUCAAUAUAUCUUUCGAUUCAUUAAGUGCGUCGUUCUUUAUAUAUCUGAGAGGCCAAUUAAAUAUAUUAUCGAACCGGCUGGAAAAUAUUCCUACUGACAAGGAUACUACGCAAGAUGUCAUUAACAUGCAAUUAAAAGACUGCAUUCGCUACUAUAAUAAACUGCUGGAUAUUACAGAAAUCAUGGAGGAUCUAUUAAGCACUCCAAUGUCUGUGCAAGUGAUAAGCUCUGUGUUUGUACUUGUUGCUAAUUUCUACGCAAUGACUUUCCUUACCGAUCCUAAUGAUUAUGCGACAUUUAUGAAAUUCCUUGUUUAUCAACUUUGCAUGCUGACCCAAAUAUUUAUUUUAUGUUACUUUGCUAAUGAGGUUUCGAUCAGAAGUUCAGAACUACCUUUUUCGUUGUACUCAUCGGAAUGGACCCAUUGCAACCGAAUUAAUCGACGCUUAAUGUUACUGAUGAUGGCGCAAUUCGAUAUCCCGAUUAGAAUUAAAACAAUCAACCGCUGUUAUUCUUUUAAUUUGUCAGCUUUUACUUCG